AUGAAGGGCUUCUGGACGGGCGUUGCGGCGGUUGCGGCCGCGGCCGCGGGCACAGCUGAGGCCGCGAGCUACGACGACAUUCCGCCCAUUGAGGUCUACGGCCAGCAUUUCUUCUACUCAAACAACGGCUCGCAGUUCUACCUGAGGGGCGUUGCAUACCAGCAGAACUACUCCCCCAACGGCACCACCGACUCGAAUGCCUCCUACACCGACCCCCUCGCCGACGGCGCGGGCUGCAAGCGCGAUCUGCCCUACCUCAAGCAGAUCUUCACAAACGUCCUUCGCGUCUACGCGAUCGACCCAACGCAGAACCACGACGAGUGCAUGGAGACUUUCGCCGCGGCAGACAUCUACGUGAUUGCGGACCUCGGCGAGCCCAAGACCUCCAUUGUCUCCGACGACCCCGAGUGGAAUGUCCCGCUCUACCAGCGCUACACCUCCGUCGUCGACGCCCUCUCCAAGUACAAGAACGUCAUUGGCUUCUUCGCCGGCAACGAAAACGUCUCGUCAGGCAACCAGACGGCCGCCGCGGCCUUUGUCAAAGCCGCCGUGCGCGACACAAAGGGCUACAUCCAGUCCCAAAAGUACCGCUCCUCCAUGGGCGUCGGCUAUGCGACCGCCGACGUGCCCACCCGCGACGACCUCGCGACCUACUUUGCCUGCGAGCCCGGCAGCUCCGGCAACGCCACCCAGAUCGACUUCUGGGGGUACAACGUCUACUCGUGGUGCGGCGAUUCCAACUACGCCGACUCAUCCUACGGCGAGCGCUACGACUUCUUCCACGACUACCCCGUCCCCGUCUUCUUCGCCGAAUACGGCUGCAUCGACGGCGUCAGCGGCGGGCCCACGCACCGCCCCUUUACCGAAGUCGCAGUCCUCUACGGCAACAUGACCGAAGUCUUCUCCGGCGGCAUCGUCUACCAGUGGUUCAUGAGCGAAAACAACUUCGGCCUCGUCGAGCUCACCAACAACGACGCCUCCGUCUCGCCCUACCCGGACUUCACCUCGCUCCGCAACGAGCUCUCCUCCAUCAAGCCCACCUCCACCGCACGCUCUGCCUACUCUCCCUCCAACUCCGCCCCCGCGUGCCCCUCUACAGACGCCUCCUGGCUCCCCGUCGCGUCGCCUCUGCCGCCCUCCGUCAACCCCAAGCUCUGCGCCUGCAUGGCGUCCAACCUUGAAUGCAACAUCGCCUCCACCGACUCUAACAAGUACGAAGACGUCUUCAACUACAUCUGCGGCAUCAACUCGGGGAAGUACUGCACGGGCAUCCAGCACAACGCCACGACGGGCGAGUUCGGCGCGCUCAGCGGGUGCAGCGCCAAGGACCAGCUCGCGUGGGUCGCCAACGAGUACUACGUCGGCAACAAGAAGAGCGCGAGCGCGUGCGAUUUCAGCGGCGUUGCGACGACGCAGGCCGCGGCCACGGCGAGCGGGUGCGGCACGCUGCUGGCGGCCAUCAGCGACGGGACGGGCAGCGUGCCGAGUCCGACUGACAAGGGCACCGCGGCCGUGGGCACCGAGUCGGCCGGCGCGUCGGGCUCGAAGAGCAAGGGCGCUGGUAGCACCGUUAGCCCGCCUGGCUUCGUCGCGUACGGCGGGCUGCUCGGCGCGGCGUAUGCUGCACUGGCCGCCGUAUCCAUGGCGGGCAUGCUCGUGUUGUAG